AUGGGGAAUGAAUGGAGCAGUGCUGAGAUGCCACGUGGAAAAGGUUUCCGUCGCUCCCAGGCAGCCAAGAAGAGGAAUGCUGAGCGUCACACGCUCAGCUCCUUCAUAGACUUAAAAGUCGUGCGUGGUUCCUUCCAUCAGGGUGAUGCUCGGUUUGGCUGGAACAGAAACCGUCAGUGUGCAGUGAACAGUAUGACAGCAGUCAUGAGGGAAAGACAGAAAGAUAUCGAUUUCACUAUUAAUCAGUUCCAUCAAGAAGUCAGUACAGGUCCAGAAUUUGUUUGCUCUGUUUGUCAUCGUUUGUUGUUUAGAAAACAGGUUAUUGAAUGUAAAAGGGAUUGCUAUAAAAUCAGAGGUCAACAAAUCACAGAUUUGGCUGAAAGAUGCAUCACAGAAAAGUAUUUACACACAUGCAAUAAUGAAUGUGAGAAUAGAUGCCAUUUAUCAGGUAAUGAAGCUCGUAAAUUGUGGAUUUGCUACACAUGCCAUCGUAAAAUUCUUGGUGGAAAAUUGCCUGAAGAGAGUGCCGCAAACAACAUGCAUUUGGUGGACAUUCCCAAAGAGCUAAAAGGUCUAAACUCAUUGGAGGAACAUCUUAUCGCACGCAAUAUUCCUUUUAUGAAGCUGCUUUGUCUUCCUCGUGGAAAUCAGAAAGGCUGCCACGGCCCGGUUGUCUCGGUCCCUGUUAAUAUCGCAGAUGUCUCAAAUAUUCUUCCACGUAAUGAAUGUGAUGACCACAUGAUAAGAAUAAAACUGAAACGAAAAUUAACGUAUAAGGGCCACUAUGAAUAUAAAUGUGUCAGCACUGAUCGUGUCAGACAUGCGCUGUCUUAUUUGGUGAGACAUAAUAAGUGGUAUAAUGAUGUGGAGUUUAAUGAGCAGUGGGUAAACUCUUUAAAUGCAGACGAUGAAGUAGAGAAUGAGGCUGAUGAUUUUGAAAUGGAGAAACAAGAUUUAACAGAUAAAAAUGAAGAUGAGGAAGAAGCUGCAGAUGAUCCAGAGGAAGAUAUAACAUAUAUUAAAGAACAAAGUGGUCUUUUGUCAGACACAUCACUGCAACCUGUUGACAUUGGUUCAGAAAUAAUUGAUCAACAUUUUCAAGAUGUACUAAACGUAGCUCCAGCUGAAGGUAACAGUCCUAUUAGGCUGCUGUCUGAUAAAUCCAAUGAGGCAAAGUGUUUCCCUGUUCUCUAUCCUACUGGUGGUCCGACAUUUCACGAUGAAAGACCGGAAAAAAUCACAUUGACACGAUACUUAAAAGCAAGAAUACUAAAUGCAGAUGGACGUUUUGCACAGAGCACAGACUUUCUUUUUUAUGCACAAUAUAUAUCAGAAGUUGAUCAAAUUAUAUCAAAUGUCUCAAUUGCACUGAGGAAAGGUUCAGAGAAAAACUGUCUAAAGAUCACACCAGAUAUGCUAACAAACUCAGACUCUUUGCAAAGAAUACUCAAUUAUGAUGAAGGAUAUAAGUUCUUAAGACCAGUAAGAGGGACGCCUCCCUAUUGGAUGUCUACGCAAAAAGAUCUGUUUGCUCUUAUUAGACAACUAGGCAUACCGACAUUUUUUGCAUCUUUCAGUUCUGCUGAUAUGAGAUGGCCUGAAAUGCUCAACACCAUCAUUAAACAAGAGGGUAAACAAAUAAAUGUUGAUGAGCUCGACUGGUCUGAAAAAUGUGGACUCAUAAGACGAAAUCCUGUCACUGCUGCAAGGAUGUUUGAUCACAGAUGGCAUUGUUUUCUAAAAGAUGUCAUAAUGUCACCAGCCAAGCCUAUUGGCAAGAUAAAAGACUACUUUUAUCGUGUUGAAUUCCAACAACGUGGUUCUCCUCAUGUUCACUGUCUGUUUUGGGUGGAAGAUGCUCCGAAGCUCAAUGAUCAUGAUGCAGAUAAUGAUGCAGUGGUUGCUGAUUUUAUUGACACCUACAUCACUUGUGAGACACCACCAGAAAAUGACACUGUACUUUAUGAGACAGUGAACAGUGUUCAGAAGCACAGUACAAGACAUUCAAAAACAUGCCGGAAGAAAAAUACAGUUUGUAGAUUUAAUUUUCCAAGACCGCCAUCUAGUCGGACCUUCAUUACAAGAGAAAGAAAUGCAGAUGACUCGAAAGGCAAGGGUGAAGAUACCACAGCCAGUGAAAUUAUAAAGAAAGUCAAAGCUGCUUUAAAUUCUGAUGUGAAUUUUGAUUCUGUUGAUGCCUUUUUUUCAUCUAUUGGGAUUAAUCAAACUAUGUUUGAAAAAGCAUACAAUGAAUGUUCCAAAAAGAAAAGCAUUGUCUUGAAAAGAAACCCAAAAGAUGUUUGGGUAAAUCAAUACAACAGAGAUUUGAUGCGUGCUUGGCAAGGAAAUAUGGACAUUCAGUAUGUCACAGAUGCCUUUUCUGUAGUGGUCUAUAUACUUAGUUAUAUCACAAAAGCAGAACAAGAAAUGGGACUUCUGCUUCAGCGUGCACAAAAUGAAGCAAUGAAUGGAAAUCUUGAAGCUAAAGCAUCAUUAAAACAGUUGGGAAGCAUGUAUCUGCACAACAGAGAAAUUUCUGCUCAAGAGGCGGUGUACAGGCUGACAGGCAUGCAUUUGAAGGAAUGUUCCCGCAAAGUACAGUUUAUUCCAAUAGGACAAAAUCCUGUAAAGAUGAGUUUGCCUUUGCAUGUGCUUCAAAAUAAAGUGGAAAAUGACCAGUGUGAUGAUGAAAGCAAUUUUUGGAUGACAAGUAUCACUGACAGAUAUAAGAACAGACCAGAGAAAGAACCACUAGAAAAUCUAUGUCUCGCCAGUUUUUGUUCUGAGUACAGAGUUCUGGCAAAAUCAGAGGUUUCCUCACAAAACAAAACAGCAGAAAAUGAAAUAAUUAAACUGAAUAACAACAAUGGCCAUGUAAAACGGAGGACAAGAACUGAACCUGCAGUAGUGAGAUAUCCUAGGUUUUCUCCCACAAAAGAUCCAGAAAAAUAUUAUCAUUCAUUGUUGCAGCUUUUCUUACCACAUUAUGAUGAGUCUGAUCUGAAGCCUAGCAAGUAUAACACUUAUGAAGAGUUUUACAACAGUGGUGUCAUAAAAAUUGGUUGUGAACUGAAACAAGUGAAAUCAGUUGUUGAUGGCAACAGAGCAUUAUUUGAAAAGGAAAGUGACAAAAUAGAUGAAGCUAAACAGCUUUUGGAGCAAAAUCUUGAUUUAGAAGAUGCCUGGGCUGAGAUAUGUCCUGAAACUGAGAAACAGCGUGAUGAAUGCAUAGACCUGAUGAAGGACAAACUACUGCUUGAUGAAGAUGACAGUCAAGAACUUAUUCCAGAUCUUACAGCAAACCCUCAAACUGUGUGCACCAUUGAAACGAAUCACACUACAAUGCCUAGAGAUGAGGCGUUGCAUUUACUAAGGUCGUUAAACGAGGAACAAUCUGCUGUGUUCUACAAAGUGCAGAAGUGGUGUCUACAGAAGGUACUUGGACAAAAUCCUGAACCAUUUAGAUUAUUUCUUACUGGUGGAGCAGGCACAGGAAAAAGUCAUCUAAUUAAAGCAAUAAAAUAUGAAUCUACUAGACUGUUGUCUCAGCUUUCUGAGAAUCCUGAUGAUAUUACUGUACUUUUGACUGCAUCGACGGGUGUUGCCAGCUUUGGAAUCGGAGGCGGAACUGUUCAUAAUAAUUUCGCAAUUGGUGCAAAUGUCAGACUGCCAUAUCAACCUCUUAGCGAUAAUAAAAUAAACUCAUUACGUACAAAAUUGGGUUCGUUGCAUAUUUUGAUUAUUGAUGAAGUGUCUAUGGUUGACCAUCGUCUUUUGUCAUACAUUCAUGGAAGACUACGACAGAUAAAACAAACUGGUGACUACUCUCUCUUUGGAAAAGUCAGUAUUCUUUGUGUUGGGGAUUUCUAUCAACUUCCUCCAGUAAAAGGAACUGCUCUGUAUGCUGAUACAAAAGGAGUGAACCUCUGGGAGAAUAACUUUCAAGUUGCAGAAUUAACUAAAGUUGUUAGACAACAAGAUCCGAGUUUUGCUGAAAUGUUAAAUCGACUGAGAGUACACAAGAAAGGGGAAUCCCUUUUGUCUAAUGACAUUGCUAUGUUGAAAAAAUGUGAAACAGGGAAGAAGUGUAAUGAUAUUCACAUAUUUGCUACAAAUGCUGAAGUUGAUAAAUAUAACAUCGAAAGACUACAUGAAUGUUGCCCAGAGGCAAUCAGUAUACAUGCUCAAGAUUAUGUCAAAAACUCAAAAACUGGACGAAUGGAACGUAAAGUUGGAUUUCAUAGUAAAGUUUUCAACUCGUGUUUGUCUAAAUCUGUUUCGCUGGGUAUUGGAGCAAGGGUUAUGUUAAAAAAAAAUAUUGAUGUUGCUGAUGGUCUUGUCAAUGGAGCGUUUGGUACAGUUGUCCACGUAAGUGAAAGUCAAAAUGAUAAUGAUGAUUUCCCAUCAGCUAUACAUGUGGAGUUUGAUAAUGCAAACGUUGGUAAAAUUCAAAGAUCAAGAACAAGAAAGAGAUUUUCCCAAAAUUCAACAGUUAUUGAAGUACAAGAAGACCAUGUCACAAACGAUGGUGGUAUAAGACGUCAGUUUCCUCUCAGAUUGGCUUGGGCAUGUACAGUUCACAAAGUGCAAGGACUCACAGUAGAUAAAGCUGUUGUAUCACUGAAGAAAAUCUUUACAGCAGGGCAAGCAUAUGUUGCUUUGAGCCGAGUAAGAUCUCUUAGUGGAUUAAUCAUUGAGGACUUUAAAGAGUCUGCUAUAUUUUGUAAUGACAAAAUUGAGUUGGCUAUGAAAGAUAUGACAAAAUUUCUGUUGGAAAAGGACAGUUCCACUGAGUCCCAUGUGCCCAGCCUUUCUGACUCUGACUUGGUCUUCUGUCUCUCUGGCUCCACCACGGCACCUCAUCUGUUUGGCUCCAUCAAGAUGGAGGAGGAUCUGGGCCCUGCCAUUGUGGCAGCAGCCGGAGAGCUCUCACUGGAGGACAACGAGCUGGACACACUGGCUUCAGGGGCAGAGGGGCCCGACGAUUUUUACUUGAUAUCUGGGGGCCUGCAGUGGGAGAGUUUGGUUACAACUUAG